UUAGUCGAAUUUUUAGGAUGGUUUUCUGCUGUGAGCGAACAAGGAAUAGAACAUCUCCACCAUAGGUUCAAUCUUUUAAAUGCCCGUUUUCGCAACGCUGGAAAUCCUGAGGCUGAGGCAGAAUCUAUCCUAAGACAUCACACUCUCGCAAACUUCUUACAUGACAUUGGAAUUGAUCCAUUAGAGACAAUUAAUGAAGAGAAUAUAGCACUUUAAUUUGUUUAUUUUCAAAAAAUUUAAAAUUAUUUUAGUUUUUUUUUCUGAGUCGAAUAAAUUUAUUCGAAUAAAUUUAUUUCUCACUUAAAUGUAAUUAAAAAUACAUUUUUAGUCAAAAUAUAUUGUUUUUUAUUUUUAUUUAUUAACUUCCGCUAAAAGGAUUCGAACCCCACUCACAUUUCCUUAUUUUUUCGCUUUAAAGUGGGCGCACUAUCCAACUAAGCCACAAGUACCGCACUGAAAGGCGAGUAACAGCCUUUGCCUAUUUUGAUCUGCUGUGCGGGUGCUACAAUUUUUAUCAUUCAUAUAGGUUCAGAAAAUGUCAAGCUGUAGUAAUAUUCAAAGUUGUUCAAAAGAUGAAGAUUUAUUGGUUUUAUCUUCAGAAGAAUCUUGUGAUGAGACGGAUCUUCCAAUUGAGAAAACUGCGUUAAAAAGAUUGGCAAUAAUUGAUACUUUAAAUUUAAUUCAUCAAUGUGCUUUUUUGAGUCCAUUUGCAAAAACACAUAAUCAAAAAUGUGAUGCAAUUGCUGUUUUAUUAUUAGCAAGGAAUUUAUUGAGGGAAACAUUUGACUUGAAACUUUAUAUUCCAGAUUCUUAUAUGACUGGAGUAAAUAGAGAAAAAGUUGCUAAUCAUUUUAUUCUUGAGGAAAUGCAGAAACUUGGCUAUUUGGGAACAAUAACAGACCAUUCCCAUGAUGAUUUAAUUUUAUUAGAAUAUGCAAAAUGUACUGGAGGAUUUAUAAUUUCAAAUGACAAAUAUAGAGAUCACGACCAAAUUUAUUCGACAAAAACAAAAGACAAAGCUAGUUUAGACGUUAUGCGGGAAAGAAUUGUUAGAUAUAAAUUUAAGCCUUGUAAUGUUGAAAAAUUGAAAAAAGGGAAAAAUAGUUUGUGUACAUCGACUCAUGGAAGAGGAUUUUUAGGGAUUGAUAUUGUUUUGCAGCCUCCAUCUUUGAAAGCAAUGUUCUCUUGGGAUAGAGAUUCUGAUCCUACUUUUGGAGUAGUUUUUCGUGAGCGAGCUUAUCGAAGUCAGAGAAAGACUGAAAAGGCUAUUGAAGUGUUGGAUAUUAUGUGUGAAUAUUUUAGAUUGGACUUUUGCUUCUUCCACUCGUUAGAUCCAGAGCCUUUACCUUGGUUUGAUCCUCAAGUUAAUGCUCUUGUUUCUUUUGAGGGUUUUUGGCAUCGGUAUAUUAAUUAUAUAGACGAGAAACAAAGAAGAGAAAAUCAACAAAAACGAGAAGAUUGGUAA